AUGGCCCACUAUUUAGAUAUAUUAUGGAAGGAUUACAUUGGGAAGGGGGACACAGGCGUGAGGAAGGAUGAUAGGACUUUUCAGAAAACUUUCUGGGAACAUGUGCACACAGUAUGGCAGACGUUUAAACAACAUAUGGAGGAUGCCAGCGAUGAUGCAACGAUAGAGACAUUGUGUGACACGCACCACACUACAGAUGCAGGGGCGGAGUCAUCGGACACAUUCAGUCACAAAGAUAAAGCUGUGUGCUGGCUAACACUUAAAGCAUUAGGUUUCAAACAUGGGAUCCUUUGGCGCGCGCCCCCCAUGCAUGCGAAUACUCUGGGACAACCGGAAAAGCAGAAUAAUGCCGUAAUGCCAUAUAUGAAAUGUAUUUUAGUGAAUAUAUUUAUGAAAAAAAUAAUAGGAGAAAACUGUUUGCGCACGCCUCUUGGCAACCAUGCAUUUAAGGCUGCGACAGCAUUGGUGCGGGAGGGCAAAAAAGCAGAGCCCAAUAUGGAAUGUGAGGAGGCGGACAGGACGGACGGUACAAAGAAAAAACGACAAAAAACGGAAGAAUGGGAUCCAUGGGACAUAAUGCACAGAUGGCUUCAGAGGAAUAAGCGCUACUUGAGCGAUGGGGACUGGGGAGUAUUAGGGAAGGAAUGCAUAGUAGACAGAGACAACGGCGCAGUAGGAACAAAUGAGGAACAGGUGAUAGAGAUAAAACAUAGAGCGAAUAACAAAAUUGAGGAAGUAGGUACAGCACUGGAAGCAGUCGUAAAGCAGAUACUAAAGGAACUAGAUUCCUCCAGUGCGGGAGAAAGUAUGGAUUCUAUAAUAAAGAAGGUGAAGCAGGGCAAGGACUCCGCUUCGACGGCUCCAAAAGUUAAAGACGACGUAGCACCGCCACCACCUCCGCCUCCACCACCAAGCGGACCAUCCAUGCCAUCAUCACCAGACGUUCGGGGCAGAGAGGGACCGGGGGAAUCGGGAACUGCGCAAACCGUUAGCAAACCCGCCCCUGCAAACACACAACCGGUCAAGCCCGUCCACAGCACCUCUGCCAAACCAGUAGCGGCGAAACCGGCACCGUCAGGCGCAGGGGGCACGCAGGCGAUCGGUACCGCAGAUGCCAAAGCAACGGAAUGUCAGGGAGACAAAUUAUUGGAGUGGACGCCUCGGGAAAUAUACGUGGUGCAGAAUUAUACUAAAGAACAAUGGAAACCGGUGAAGGAAGUGUUGGAAGAGUUUAUUAAGUAUUUAGGAACCAAUAAUGAAAAUUUUGACGCACUUGGUGCCAACUGUGACAAUACAGGUUGGAAUGAUUUCGACGACGUUGCAUACUAUACGGGACAGAGAGUAGCGGAUAUGAUGCGCUGCCGACUCAUGUCCGGUGCAUUGUGGUUUGCGAACGGUGCGGGGACUAAUCAGGAAGAGUGGGCGAAAAAGAGUGAAGAUCAAAAGAAAGAGAUAGAAAGACUAAGAUGUGAAGUGGCCCAUGUUUUCGGGCACUUGCUGAAAAAAAUGUAUUGUAAAGAUACGACACCAUGGCCAAGAGGUAUAGAGUAUGCUUGGCAAACAAUGAAAGAAAUGGGGCACGCAACGAAUGGUGCACCAGGGCUCAGGGGCCCCGUUGUGGAUGGCAGGUGCACCAUGUGUGGGUACAAAGAUAAUAAGAAGCAUGUAACAGCAAUAAAUUUGGACAUAGCAUACUGGUUAAUGGAUAAAGGAGGAAUACUGGAAGAAUUAAAGCAACUGGAGCACAAAAUGCCCUGUCAGCAGCUCUGGCAACAGUAUAUUAAGAAGGCUGCAACGAAAGGGGAUCCUAUCGAGACAAUUUUGACCACAGAGGGCAUGAACGAAAAGAAGAGACUGCACCAACAAAUACUACAGACAGCAGAAAAGGUGUUUGAGAAAGCGAAGGACAAGGUACAAGAGGAAAUUGAAAACCUGCAAGGUAAGAACACGCAUGUUACGAAUACUGCCGAAUACGGCCGAUUACGCAUGCUCAACAAAUGCUACGGCCGCUACGAAUAUGGAUGGACUGCCACACACGCCACUGCCACAACACGCGCACGCGGGGGGGAACAACAGCACAACAGCACGGCGCAUCGCCCUCGUGGAGCCAAGCACAGUGGCGACGACGGCAGUGGUAGCGGUAGCGGUAGCAACGACGGCCAGUGUAGACGAGGCGUGUGUGUGUGUGCGUGCGGGACGGGCGACGUAUGGAGCGGCGGUGAGGGACAGGACGAGAACGGACUGUACAGAAUUUAUGGAUAUAAGGGGAUUAUACGUCGAUAG